AUGCGAUAUAUAUUAUUGAUAUUGGUUAUUACAGUACUAAUUGUUGCUGAUUUUGCUGAAGAAAUGGAUGAACAAGCAACAGAAGGUAUGUUACAUAGUGUUGAAUAUAAUGGACUAUUGGAUUCUGCUAUUAAUAAUCAGUUUGAAUCAACUUAUGUUAAACCUAUGGAUGGAACAGACGAACGCUCUUCGUUUAUACAAUGCCGAGUGAAAAGAGCGCGUGGUUGUGGGUGUGGUAGAGGUGGUAGUGGUGGUGGCAAACAACAUACAAAAAAUGCACGUCCAUCACCUCAACAAAAACAUGAAAAAGGACAAACAAGAAAGGGAGGAGAAAAAGGUGACCCAAGACGUCCAUAUAGAAAAUAA